AAUGAUUCCCGGAACCCUUGUCGGCGGUGCAAGGAACACGCUAUCAUCGCUGCUUUUUCUCUCUUUCUCCCUUUCAAAUAAUCACACAGAUUCACUCUUUCUCUUCAAUCUUCACACUCAAUGCCGGAAAUCCCCGUCGAUUUCCGCGCUCCGCCGCCGUCUCCGGUGGCCUCCGGCCGCAGAUCUUCCUUCACGAACGAAGACAUUCUGACGGAGUUUCUAGAAACCUCGCCUCGCGUCCCCGAUCUGGUUCUCCCGGACAACAUCUUCCCCAAACAGAGGCACCUCGAAUCCCCUCCCGUCGUCGAUUUCGUCUCCCUCUGCUUCCACCACGACGACGCACUCCGCGAUGUUGUUUCACGCUCCAUGGCCACGAUCGGGUGCUUCCAGAUCAUCAACCACGGCAUUCCGCCGCAGCUCAUCACCUCCGUUGCCCAAUCCGCCGCCGGGAUAUUUUGCGUGCCGCUGGGCAAUCGAGCGGCGGUGACGAGGUCGCCGGAGAAGCCGUGGGGGUUCGAGGAGUAUCAUUCAGAGGAAGAAGAAGAGGAGGCAAAUGAGUUCAGUGAAGAAUUCGUGUGGUGUGAAGAUCAUGAGUUCAAGUUGAAAAUGGAGGGAAUUUUGCCACGUGGAUAUCAGAAUUUCAGCGAGAAGAUGGAAAGUCUAAAGACACGGGUGGAGACGGUGGCUGAGAAAAUUUUAGCAGUGAUGUUGAAAAACGUUGCUAGGAAAUUUGAAGGUGAUGUUAAUGUGGUUCGUUGUGGGCAUGAAGUUGGGAGUGUUUGUUGCAUUUCCAAGCAUUGCAGAGAUGAUAGGAGUGGGAGAUGGGGUAGCUCAUUGAAAUAUGAUGUGAUUAGAAUGCUGAUUAGGGGAGCAGAUUACUAUCAUUCACUGUGUGUGCAUGUCUGUGAUGGGUGUUCAGAGUUUCACGUUUACUCCAAGAAAAGUUGGCUCUCUUUUUACCCUGAGCAAGGUGCUCUUAUAAUCACUGGUGGAGAUCAAACCCAGAUAUUAAGUGGGGGAUACUACAAGCAUGUGAUUGGAAGACCAAUAUUUCAAUGUGAGAAGGAAGACAACAUUUCAAUGACUUUCCUCUAUUCUCCUCCGAACAGUGAGAACAAUUUUGAAACCUAUGAGGAAAGAACUAUUACUCUUGGCCAGCAAGUCAUCAUGGCUAUAGUUCUGACCCUUAUGUACCAUGUCUUGAUUUAUGGCUACCAAAACAUUUGACAUUGUCAAACUUGUGAACUUGAUUACUAAAUGCAAAAUACACAUUAAAGCACUUGAGUUCAGAAACACUUGCUACUCAAAGGUUGACCAUUUCCAAGGAUUAAUAGGGUGAACACUUGAUUCUAUCCU